GAUCGAAAAUCACUUAGUUGAUCAAUCUAUUCCAGCUAAAAGUAAUUAAAAUGCAGAUGCCAACUACUCUCACUCACGAACACCAACGUCUCACCCACCUGUCCUCCUGUUUUCUUCUUCUUCUUCUUGACUAAAAAUCAAGAAUUAACCUAAACAUAGAAAUACAUCACAAACAACAGAAAUAUUCAAAACCAAAAAAUCACUCCGCCUUUGGCCUUUAUUUUCUCUCCACCGUCGACUACGUACCCUUUCUUUCAUUCAUUUACAUACGUUCAUGUUUCUCUUCUGAUCCAUUUAUCGUCUUUCUCCAUUUUUCUUGAUUUAAUUCUCUACCAUUUCUCUUCCUUCCCCUGUGAUUGGUGAUUAAUCUUUUUUUUUUUUCCUUUUUGUUGAGGCGGCGAGACGGGGUUCUGACGCAGCAGAAUGGCGCCGCGUCGUCUCUUCACCUGCUUUGGCAAGUGCAACGACGCCUCUUCAUCCUCCGGGAAUGAAGUGCAUGGAAAGGAGAAAAUCAACGUGACAGUGGAUGCUUCAAUGGAGGAUCAGCGACGUGCCGGUGCAAUUAUGGUGGAGUUAUUCUCAUCACAGGGGUGUGCGACGUCGCCGGAGGGUGAGUUGUUGGUGUCAAGGCUAGGGAGAGGAGACUUUGCCCUGGAAGCGCCAGUGAUAGUGUUGGCAUUUCACGUAGAUUAUUGGGACUAUAUGGGGUGGAAGGACCCUUAUGGCUCUAGCCAAUGGACUGUUAGGCAAAAGGCUUACGUUGAGGCUUUGAAGCUUGACACUAUGUUUACACCUCAGGUUGUUAUCCAGGGUAGGACUCAGUGUGUGGCCAAUGAAGAGGAGGCUCUUUUAUCUUCCAUCAUGAGUGCACCCAAAUUUCCUUCACCCACCUUUCAGGCAACCUUCCAGAGGCCAACGUCAGAAUCCUUGCAAGUCAGUUUAUCAGGAGCUUUAAGGACUAAAGUUGACAGCAAAGGUGCCAAUAUAAUGGUGGCUCUCUAUGAGAGUGGAUUGGUGACCAAUUGCCCUCAUGGGGAGAACAAAGGGCGUGUCUUGUCUAAUGACUAUGUGGUUCGAAGGCUUGAAAAGCUCUGCACUGUCAAGGACAUCUCUGCCAAGAAGACAGUUUCAGGAACUGUUAAUUUUUCCCUUUGGGAAGGCUUCAAUAGCAGCAAAUGUGGUAUUACUGUUUUUGUUCAAGACAAUUCCCAUCAAAUUUUUGGUUCACAGAGCUUUCAGUUGCCAGAUAACCUAUGAGCAUUCAGAUUCAUUCAUUCAUUCCGUGAAGAAUUAAAUAUAUUCUGCCUUCAAUCUUAGUCCCUACGUACAGGAAUGUGUUAGAUAUCAAUUUCCAAUUUUUCUUUCAUUUCCUUUAUUUAUGGGUAUUUUUUAAUAUUUUCUUUCUUAUUGGUUAUAUGGUAGGACAUGUAGAGAGACAUUUUAUACUUCCGUUACAUGAAUUUCUUCACAGGUGCGGAUUUUCACUUUUCUUAAUUUAUAUCUCCUUAAUAUGGUUUGGGGGAGAAGAGAUUGGAUAGAGUUGACUGCAUCAGUAAUUUUUAAUAUGAUCUAAUCACUUUUGAUGUAGUUAAGAUCAUGUACUGAGUGUCACAAGAAUGACGAGCAAUGCAUAUAUGAAAUGGUAAUGGAA